GAACUUCCGCGGGAAGAAAGAAAGGAAAGAUUAUUUGAAAUAUUUCAAUUUAUGCUCUUGUAUUUCAGCAUAUAUUUUGUUGCUUUUUAUUGCUUGAUGACCUGAGUGUCUUGUUCUUACAAAGGAAUCCACAAUGAGUUCUGCAAGCAAGGUAGGAGAAAUUUUCACUGCGGCUGGUUCAGCAUUCAGCAAACUGGGAGAACUAACCAUGCAGCUGCAUCCGUCAGCUGAACCGACCCCUUCAAGCAGUGGCAAGUGGACAGACACAGAGAUAGAGAUGUUGAGAACAUCUGUGAAGCGAUUUGGAGAAGAUCUGAACAAGAUCAGUGAAAUCAUUAAGACCAGAACCAUCUCACAAAUCAAGGCUCAGUUAAAAAGGAAAGCGUAUGACGAUGCAGGUAUACCCCAGCCGCCCACUGACAAAGGUACACCAAAAAAGGUUAUUGUGACGACGACAAACAAGACAGUGACAACAAACGCAGAUCAGCCUCCGGCAAAGAAACAAAAGACUUCAGAAGUCACAUUAAGCGCCCUGAAUGCCCCAGAGAGCGAUGUUGACAUCGAGGGCCUUGGUGAAACGUCAGCCUCAAAAAAGCUAGAGUUCGAUUCAGGUGAGGAAUAAAGGAUUGUUAACAGAUGUUGAUUCUAGUUUGUUGUGAUCUAGUAUCAAUUUUCACCAGGUUUUGGGGAAGAAACUCCUCUCAGUCUGUGAACGGCAAUAAAUGACUUCAGAAACUUGAUUUGCAAGUUACCAUCAAGGACAUUAGGAUUUUGUUCCAUGUUAAUGAGCUGAAGUUAUUGUCCAAAGUGGGACAUACAAGAUGGCUUUAAUCUCAUUGGCAGCUAAACAAAAGGACAAUACCAUCUAGUCACAAGAUUUCUGAUUGGUUACAUUUCUGGCCUGAAAUGGUACGUUAGUUUUGAAUGGCCAUUACUUUUGGAAACAACCAAUCUGGUAGUGUGUGCAAAAUAUUGCAACAGCAUUGCUGAUUGGCUGUCUUGCAAAAAAUUGUAGCAGCCUAGAGGAUUUGCUUUUGGCUGACAUGGCCCACACCAGUUUAACAGUGUUGUCCAGUGAUGGAGGAAAAGUCAUGAUCUGGUAGACAGUUUGGAUGAAAUUCAGUCAUGAGGAGGAGUGAUGAACAAACACCACAAAAUGGUAUCGGAACAAGAAUGCUGCAUGGCCAGACCCUGAGGAUUUGGAGAAGACUUCCACCAAAGCUAAAUGUUUGGUGACAGUGAUGUGUUUUAAGCAUUUGCCAACAAACAGCACAAUACUGUGAGACUUACUUUCCACACAUUGUUUAUAAAUUAUAGGUUAUAGUGUGUUCACAGAGCAGUUUGUGAUGCUCCAGGCAUAACUUCAGACUGUCAUUAACAGUUGUGCACAUCAUGCCAGCUAUGCUCUCUCGCAUGUCUUGCCCAAAACAGUAAAUUCCCAUAAUUUCUGAUUUGAAACUUUAAUUUUUGGUUUUUGACUGACACUAACUUUUACUAAAUCCAUUGUGUGGAUUUUGUGUUCACUGAGAAUGGAAUUUCAGCUGUCAAGAAAAUCAAAAUUUUUAAAAAUCAUUUCAUUUGAAAAGUAGUUCGUCAUUUGUAUUGCAGGGCAAGGGCUUUUAGCUUAAACUAAAAGGCAAAGACAACGCUGACGGGAAGCCUCUGUUAGAUGAAAGACCACUUAACGCUGUCCAGAAAAAAUAUGAAAUUUUUUUUUUUUUUGAGAAUAUUUUGAGCAUAGUAAAAUGGAUUUCAGACUUGGAACCUGUGAUGGGUUUCCUGUAACAUAGAAGGUGACCAGUGACUUAAAAUCGGGUUUUUGCCGCUCAGCACACAUAGACUGUCAGAUUUCAUCAUCCAAAAUGCUUAUUCAUAUAUCUCCGAAUGCAUUUGUCGAAUGUACCCUGAAACAUGUAUUUCAAGAAAAGAAAAAAAUAUUAAUGAUGUUGUAAGUGAUACCAUACAUGUCACUACGGACCACUGAAAAGUCUGCUGUUUUCAUUUGGGUGAAAGCAUUGUAAAGAAAAUAAAUCCAACCCUUUUCCUGGACAGUGUUUAACGGUCUUUCAUUUGAUUCAGCAGAUAGCUGAUCCAUCUCCUUGUUAAGAAACAGCCCCGUGCAUGUCAAACAGUGAAGUGUCUUUGUGACAUGCUGACUGUGUUGCUUCUGGGCCAGACCCUGGGGUUACAAAGCGAUCUUAGACAUAAGUCAAAAUUUCAGAUCACUUUAAAAUUGUUAUAUUCUUAGGUUAGAAGGUCAAAAUAUCGCUUGGUAAGAUAAAUUAUGAGUAAGUUAUUGUAAAACAAAUCUCAGCUAAAAUAACUGAAGGGAACAUGCAAAGUUUAAUGAUUGAAAGUUUAACGUAAGUCUAAGAUCGCUGUGUGAUCCCGAGGCCAGGGGACACGUGCAAAACGCGAUUGUAGACUAAGUGUAUUGUAACUACCAUGGGGACACAUGUUCCAAGCAAAUGUUGCCGUGGUAGUUACUGUCAACUUAGGCUAGGAUGGCUUUGUACAAGAGGUACAAGAACCUAAAACAUUGAAGGAACGAACAUUAAAUAGUCCAUUACAGUAAUGGAUAACUGAAAUAUCCCUUUUUUAUAUACAUAUAAUGUGUCGUUUAUUCAAAACAAAAUCUGACUGUAUAGAAUUCAUUACCCGUUGGUAAGUGAUAUUGUUGGAACACUACAUUUUAUGUGUAUACGUGUGAGGUAUCAUCUCGUAAGACGUCUUAGUUUUCGUACUUUCACUAAAGUAUAACUGAUAAAAGUAAUUACAUGAUUUGAACAUUUGUCAUGCAUUACACAUAUUGUAUUCAUUUCUUUUAUAUCACAUUGUCUUUUAUGUUUUGCUCUUUUUUUUAAUAUUUUAAUAUAAAUGAGAACACUGUUCAG